AUGCACACCUCCACCACCGACGCCGUCCUGGACACCGCUCCCCCCAUCCCUUACUGGAACACCAAGCGCCAUCUGACCUGCGGCAACCCUACCCCCGCCCCAUCAUGGUCAGCCAAGCCUACGGCGUGGAGGCCAGCGCCCGGCAAGCUCAAGACGUCUUACGCCGCGCUCGUGCUCUGCCUCAACAUUGAUGUCGAUCCCCCAGACGUGGUCAAGACGAACCCCUGCGCGCACCUCGAGUGUUGGGUCGAUCCGCAUUCAAUGCCCUCGCACAAGGCCCUUGAGGCGAUCGGCAACAACCUGAAGCACCAAUUCGAGUGCUUGAGCUUGAAGAUCCCAUACAAGCCUAUACUAGAUCCGUCGUACGAGGACCUGCGGAGAUUCUGUCAGUCUCUGCGGCGGCAAGCUCAGGAUGACGCGGUGCUAUUCCACUACAAUGGACAUGGUGUGCCGAAGCCAACUGCGAGCGGCGAGCUGUGGUGCUUCAACCGUGACUAUACGCAGUACAUCCCAGUAUCGCUGCAGGAGGUGCAGAACUGGCUAGGGGCGCCGGGCGUCUACAUCUGGGAUUGCUCCGCCGCUGGCCACCUCCUCACCAAUUUCAACAUAUUCGCUCAGCGCCGAGACCAGGAGAUGCAGCUGCAGCCGGGCGUGUACGGGAGCAAACCCCCCUACGCGUCCUCGCUGCAGCUAGCGGCGUGCCUGGCGCAUGAGCAGUUGCCGUCGUGCCCAGAGUUGCCGGCGGACCUAUUCACGUCCUGCUUGACGUCGCCGAUAGACAUCGCGCUGCGGUUCUUUCUCAUGAACCAUCAACUGCCGAACAACAUCAAGAUCGACAUGGUCUUGCAGUUGCCGGGAGACUUGAAGGAUCGCAAGACGCCGCUUGGGGAGCUGAACUGGAUAUUCACCGCCAUCACGGACACCAUCGCGUGGACGACUUUUGACCACGACACCUUCACCCGCCUAUACCGCUGUGACCUGCUUAUCGCAUGUCUCUUCCGUAAUUUCCUCCUCGCGGAGCGUAUCAUGAAGAAUUACUCAUGCACGCCACACACGUCGCCCGCUCUACCACCGACGAACACACAUCCACUGUGGGCGACUUGGGAUCUGGCUGUUGAUACGUGUCUACGCCAACUCCCCAGUCUCCUCUACAUCACGCCAGAAGACCCGAAGGCGGCAGCACCCAGCCCACCGCAGAGUGGCACGAACGUGGCCGUGCCAGGGCGCAUUGGCCAGAUGUAUCGCCAGCAGGACAAGAACGCACCUCCGAUACCGGUGCCGCCGGAGGGCAAGAAGCCCUACGUCUACAUGCCCAGCCGCUUCUUCUCCGACCAGCUUACCGCCUUCGAGGUGUGGAUAUCGCGUGGCGGGUCCGCCCUGACGAGAAGGGGGCCUAUGUCACUUCCCUCGUCGGGAGAGCGGGGUGCCUCAGAGGAAGCACUCGAUCAGAAGGCGGAAAUGCAGCAGCUGCUCAAUGGCCAACACCAUCUGGUACCCAGGAAGCCGCCUGACCAGCUGCCAAUCGUGCUGCAGGUCCUGCUGUCGCAGCCGCACCGGCUCCGCGCGCUCAUCCUGCUCUCGCAAUUCGUGGACCUCGGACCGUGGGCGGUCAAUCUCGUCCUCACCAUCGGCAUCUUCCCCUACAUCUCCAAGCUCCUGCAGGCCGCUGGGCAGGACCUCCGCCCCGUCCUCAUCUUCAUCUGGGCGCGUAUCAUGGCCGUGGAUCCCUCUGUGCAGAACGACCUCUACGCGUCGCACGGGUACAAGUACUUCUCGAACAUCCUCAGCCUGCGCGACGAGCACGCGCUGCCGAACAGCUCCGAGCACAAGGCGAUGUGCUCGUUCAUCCUCUCCGCGCUCUCGCGCGACUUUGUACACGGGCAGAAUGCAUGCCGCCACGAGCGUGUGUUCGACAACUGCUUCGAUGCGCUGAACGACGGGGACUUCCUCCUCAGGCAGUGGUCCGCGCUGUGCAUCGCGCAGAUGUGGGACGCGAACGACGAGAUGAAGAUUUAUGGGGUGGACCAUGGCGCGCAAGACCGUCUCGUGGGCUUACUGUCCGACGACUCGGUCGAGGUGCGAUGUGCGGCGCUUUACGCGCUGGGCACGUUCUUUGGCGCAAGUGGGUCGGCGAACCCCCAGAAGCGCGGCGGCGGAGGAACAGGAAUGAUGAGCCAGCUAGACGAGACGGUCCAGUUCCGGAUGGAGAUCGCGGUCGCAACGGGCGCGACGCUUGCCAUCCGCGAGGACGCGAGCCCGAUGUGCAGGAAGGAGUUGCUGGUGAUGCUGAGCUGCUUGGUAAAGGAAUGGCGCGGGUACUUCAUCAUCUGCGCGUGGCUUUACUGGGAGGAGGAUCGCAAGUGGCGGUUGGGCGGUAGUGUCGACGAGGAUGAUCUAGCCAGCCAGGCGGUCGCAGAAUGGCUCGACGAAUGUCCGGAUGAUGAUACACGGGAGGGUCAGCGGGUUCUACUAUCGUCAUUCUUCACGAUUUUCGUCUGCUUGCUCGACUUCUCAGUCGACCCGUAUAGCGAGGUCUCGACGCACGCGCAGACGAUUGUGGACUAUAUCAUGGCGCUGCUCCUUGAGUCGCCCUUUAGCCGCGUCGACUCAGCUACUCUGGGAUCUGCACCGACACGGAGCUUCAGCCCAGAUCGGCACCAUGGUCAUCGGUCACGGCUUUCGUCAGUGCAAAUGUCACCUACGAUCGCUCCAGGGUCCCCCAGUAUCGCUCGGCCAUCAUUAUCUCGCGCCGACACAGUGACGAGUACCUUCUCCAGCACUCUCAAGCGCACUGGCUCCUUCGCCAACGCGCUCAAGUCCCUCGCCAAUGGCAUUUCCUUCCCCUCCACCGAGGACCUGCGCCUCGCCCCCGCCGCCCUCGCCCCUCAGCCACCCAAACCAGACUCCGACCUUACCCGCCCUCCAUCCCCCAACCUCAAUAUCGCAAGCUACUCUUCGCCCUAUCCUCCACCUGCUGUGGAUACAUCCGACAACUUCUCGAACGAGCCUAGCGACUUCUACCCGUCGGACGUGAUGCAGGCGCUGAUUGCGGAAGACAUGGAGCGCCUGCGUGCGAGGCGAAGGACACCGCAUCAGGCGCACCACUACCAGCAGCUGUACGGGCAGCCGGACAUGAUGCCGAGCCCGAGCAGCAGCACGUUCUCGAUGGAGAGUGGGAUCAUCCUGGGUUUGGGUACGGGAAAGAAUGUACGGGAGACGCUGCCGUUGAAGAGCGUGUACUAUGACUUCUGCUGCGAGUACUUCAAGGAGCCGCAGAUGCGGCAAGCGGAAGCGGACGAGCCAGGAAGCAUCGAGUACAACUAUCAGGUGUGGCGGCAGCAAAGGAAUGAGAUCGUCAACGUCGAGACGGAGCAUCAAGCACCGAUUGCAGAUUCGUGCCGCUGGGAUCGCUCUGUUGCGACGAUACAGACGGCGAGCUACCCGUUGACGAUCGCUUUCCACUCCUACGAUCAGCACGUCGUUAUAGCGAACGACAAGGACACGAUCAGUGUCUGGGACUGGUCCAAGCGAAGGCGACUAUGUUACUUCUGCAACGGCAAUCCGCGAGGGACGAACAUCACCGCACUUGAGAUCGUCAAUCAAGACAUCGGUGGUAUCAUUGUGUCCGGAUCAGCGGAUGGUGUUGUCCGUCUGUAUAGAAAUUAUGACCCGGCGCUGCAGCAAGGCCCGUUGCAGAUGGUAUCGUCGUGGCGAGCGAUCAACGAACUGAUAUACACGGACCAUGGCGCGGGCUUGAUCAUGGAUUGGCAGCAGGCGUCUGGUGUGCUGCUUGUUGGCGGAGACUCGCGCACGGUCAAGGUUUGGGAUGCGCAAACCGAGACGUCGGUGUCGGAUCUCGAUACCAACUCCAACGCGCCAUUAACGUCAAUGACAAGCGACGUUGCUUACCCGCAGACGUUCGUUGCGGGCUUCGCGGACGGCGCAGUCAAGGUCUUCGACCGGCGUUUAGACGAUGAGCAGGCGAUCGUUCGGUCGUACACAGAGCACAACUCGUGGGUGCAGAAUGUGAAGUGGCUCCCGAAAGGCGAUCGUCAGCCCAUGUCGGCAAGCCUGGAUGGCGAGGUGAAGUUGUGGGAUUUGCGAGGGAGUGAGAUGUCUGUACAGACUUGGGACACGCAGAGCACUGGGAUCUCCGCCUUUGACAUCCAUCCGCUGACAUCGGUCUUUGCGACCACCUCCGCGGUCACGCCUAAUAAUUGGAGAAGUCAACGUGUUCUAGUGCAGAACGCGAUGGACUCGCCGGAUACUUCCCUCUCGUCAUUCAUGUUGCCCACCGGUUUGGGAACCUCGCCUACGCGGACGUUCUCCACUCCCUACAUGCCUCGUUGGACGUCGCUUGCCUUCCACCCGAAGGAAAUGUUGUAUGCGAUUGGCGCCCCGGAUGGAAACUUGCGCAUCAUGGGCUGCAAACUAGCCUGA